UCUGAAAAUAUGCACCGUACAUUCUCUUGUUGUACAUACAGUAAUCGCCAUUAAACCACUUCAGCCUCUAUUUAUUCAACCUUCAAAAAUCACAUAAACCCUCUUUUUUUAGUUCUUUUUUUUUUUUUUUUUUUUGUUUUCUUCUUCUUUUGUUUUUUUGUUGUUUAAACAACACAAAGAGGAGGAGGAGAAGAAGAAGAAGAAGAAGAAGAAGAAGAAGCUUUGGAUUGACAAUAUGAUUCGAACAUUAACACGUAGGUACACCCUUCGAACCUCCUCAUCUUGCAACCGUACGAGAAUGUCGUCUGAUAAUUCAGGAAAGUACCACCAGAAUCUGAUCCCUGAUGCCAAUGAUGAUGAUGAUGGUAUGGACAUAAGAAAUGAAGAACAAUCAAUGGUGCAUCAAAAUGUAGGAGCAGGAAUUCCCCAUCACGAUCUGCAAUCUGAUAUGGAAAUGAUGAAGGAAAGGUUUGCAAAGUUGCUCCUGGGUGAAGAUAUGUCUGGAGGAGGAAAAGGUGUUUAUUCAGCUUUGGCUUUGUCAAAUGCUGUCACUAAUCUAGCAGCAUCGAUAUUUGGAGAGAAAGGGAAAUUAGAACCCUUGGCUCCGGAAAGGAAAGCAAGGUGGAGAAAAGAAAUGGAUUGGCUUUUAUCUGUAACUGAUCACAUUGUUGAAUUUGUUCCUUCACAACAGAUAUCUAAGGAUGGUACCAAUAUGGAGGUUAUGAUCACGAGGCAACGGAGCGAUCUGCUGGCGAAUAUACCCGGCCUGCUCAAACUCGAUGCGAUUCUUAUCGAGACUCUUGACAACUUUGGACAAGAACAAGAGUUUUGGUAUGCGUCCAAAAAUGAAAAUCAAGACAUGGACAACAGCAGCCAAAGGGAUGACAAAUGGUGGCAUCCUAUCGUUAAGGUUCCCGAAAAUGGACUGUCGGAAACAUCACGAAAACGGCUGCAAUAUCAAAAGGAGUCUGUAAGCCAAGUGCUAAAAGCUGCAAUGAACAUCAAUGCUCAAGUCUUAUCUGAAAUACAAAUCCCAGAAAGUUACAUUGAUUCCCUCCCCAAGAAUGGAAGAGAAAGCCUUGGAGAUUCAAUUUAUAAAAGCAUCACAGUGGAUAGCUUUGAUCCCUUACAAUUUCUGUCAGCUAUGGAUUUCUCGACCGAACACAAAGUACUCGACUUCAAGAACAGGAUUGAAGCCUCCAUUUUGAUUUGGAAAAGGAAGAUGAACCAGAAAGAUGGAUGGAAUCCAUGGGGUUCGGGUAUCAGUUCUGGGAAAAGGGAGCUGUUUGAAGUGAGGGCUGAGACUAUCUUACUCUUACUCAAACAGCAAUUCCCUGGAGUUGCACAAUCUUCACUUGAUAUUUCAAAGAUCCAAGAAAAUAGGGAUGUAGGGCUGGCUAUCCAGGAGAGCUAUUCUAGGGUAUUGGAGAGCUUGGCUUUCUCAGUGAUGUCAAGAAUUGAGGAUGUUCUUCAUGCUGACUCCCUUACUCGAACACGAAGGUGCAGCGAGAUUGAUUGCUCCGGAGAUACUGAUACUCUCGGGAUCAAGUGAUCCAGACAUCUGCAUUAAGGUUGAUAAUGAGGAGAGUAACACGUUCAAACCAUCAUCACAUGGUUCCACCCCCAACAAAGGUUCCUACCUAAAGAGGAUUGAAAACUUAAACGGGCUAAGAAGUUGUGGAAUGAUCCAGAUUGAUUGAUAAAAAUGGUAAAUUUGGAAGAAAGGUAACAAGAGGAAUUACAAGGAUAAGGAAGAAGAGGGAGAGAAAUAUGUAGAGUUAAACCAAUGUAUAUAUGAGUCAGCCCCAUGUUGCAGGACUCCUUUGGGGCACUCACCUUUCUACACCUUACAUCGUUCUUGCUUCACAACUUGGGCAGGGAAGCCUUAAGAUUGAUGCUUUUUGAGAUUGCAUUCCGGCUCUAGGAUUAUAACAUUUUUUUUUUUAUAAUCCGGACUGCAACCAUUAGUUCAACUUCAUUUUCUUAUUUCUUUACAUUUUUAACUACAAAUAUAUCAACAUUGAUAUCAAAUGGAAAAAUUGUUCAAUCCA